AUGGUUGCUUCUGCUGUCCGGAUGCGCGCUCCCAGCGCCAUGUUCCUCUCCAAAGGCGCCCUCUCCCUGAAGCGGCCGCAAACUGUUCACAGAUUCAAGGACAUCGCUCAAUCUCAAUUGCCUUCCCUGUCCGCCCUUUCCCGUUUUUAUGCCUCCAAGUCCUUCCCUCCCCACACUGUCAUCAGCAUGCCGGCCUUGUCGCCGACCAUGUCCGCCGGAAACAUUGGAGCUUGGCAGAAGAAGGCCGGUGAUUCCCUGCAGCCCGGUGAUGUCCUGGUAGAGAUCGAGACCGAUAAGGCCCAGAUGGACUUUGAGUUCCAGGAAGAGGGUGUUCUGGCCAAGGUUCUUAAGGAGACUGGCGAGAAGGACGUCUCUGUCGGUUCUCCUAUCGCUGUUUUGGUUGAGGAAGGUGUCGAUGUUGCCGCUUUCGAGGCUUUCAGCCUGGCGGAUGCCGGUGGUGAGAAGGCUGCUCCUGCUGCUGAGGAGAGCAAGCAGGAGUCCAAGGCCGCUGAGGCUGCCCCGGCUUCUGAGCCUGCCCCUGCUGCCGUGGAGCCUGAGACUUCCGGCGAGAAACUCCAGCCCAGUCUGGACCGUGAGCCUUCCAUCAGCCCUGCUGCCAAGGCCCUGGCUUUGGAGAAGGGUGUGCCGAUCAAGGCUCUCAAGGGUACCGGCCGUGGUGGCCAGAUCACUAAGGAGGACGUUGAGAAGUACAAGCCCAGUGCUUCUGCCGGCCCUACCUACGAAGACAUCCCCCUGACCUCCAUGCGCAAGACCAUUGCUAGCCGCCUCCAGCAGUCCGUGCGCGAGAACCCUCACUUCUACGUCUCCACCACUCUGUCUGUGAGCAAGCUCCUCAAGCUUCGCCAGGCUCUGAACGCUUCCUCCGAGGGCAAGUACAAGCUUUCCGUCAACGACUUCCUCGUCAAGGCCUGCGGUGUCGCCCUCAUGAAGGUCCCCACCGUCAACUCCAGCUGGCAUGAGGAGAACGGCCAGACCGUCAUCCGUCAGCACAAGACCGUCGACGUCAGUGUUGCCGUCUCUACCGCCAAUGGCCUCAUCACCCCCAUCGUCAAGAGCGUUGAGGGCCGUGGUCUGUCCAGCAUCUCCAACCAGAUUAAGGACCUGGGCAAGCGCGCCCGCGACAACAAGCUCAAGCCCGAGGAGUACCAGGGUGGCACUUUCACCAUCAGCAACAUGGGUAUGAACCCUGCUGUUGAGCGCUUCGCCGCCGUCAUCAACCCCCCUCAGGCCGGUAUCCUGGCUGUUGGCACCAUCCGCAAGGUUGCCGUCCCCGUCGAGACUGAGGAGGGCACCUCCGUUGAGUGGGAUGACCAGAUCAUCGUCACUGGUAGCUUCGACCACCGUGUCGUCGACGGUAUUGUCGGUGCUGAGUGGAUCAAGGAGCUGAAGAAGGUUGUUGAGAACCCCCUCGAGCUUCUUUUGUAA